AUGGAUGCUACUAAGGAGGUGCCCGUUGCUGGCAAUAAGGGGGAUAAUGCUGCUGCUGCUGCUGACAUUGAUCUCAACCUUGAGGAUUUCGUGGUUGACAUGGAGAUCAAUGGAAGUGAAGCUGGCCUUGAGGCUGAUGCUGAAUAUGAGGAUGAGGCUGGCUCUGAUGAGGAUGUGUCUAACGAGAUUGAGAACAGUGCUGUCAAACUCCAGACUCAACUCACGGAGCAGAAUAUUCUCAUUGGAGUGCAACAGUGCCGUAUCCAGAACUUGGAGGCUGAUUCUAACCUCCAGACCACUCUCCAGUUCGUGCAGGAUCAGCUCAAGAAGCAAGAGAAAAACAUCUCUGUGCUUCGGGCUCAGUACAGGGAGAUCCGGCGUGGCAACCUCUAUCAGCCUGCUCCUGCAGCAGAGCGAGUCGCCAAUGCCGCUAACAGCCAUGCUGCACCUGCUGCUGCACCUCCUGCUGUUCCUCCUCCUUCUGGAGCACGUGCUGAGCCUCCUGCUGCAACUGCAAAUGCCUUUGGCUCCUGCCCUUUGGCCCUGCCUCGUUUUGUCCAUGGCAAGACCGACGUCGAGACUUGGCUUUCCAUUGCGGAGGACUUUAUGUCCAUCCACAAUGUGCGUAGCGAGGCUCGCAUGGUCGCUGCAACCCUUGCCUUGAACGACACUGCGAGCAAGUUGGUGUAUGCCAACAAGCGCCACGCAGAGGCUAAUGGUCAUCCUUUUGGCUGGGAGGAGUUCAAAGCUGCCAUGUUGGUGGCAUUCCUGGGUCAGCCCCUGGCGCUCGAGGUGCGUAGCCGCCUGGAGAACAUCCAGUGCGGUGACCAGCCUGUACGCGAGUACGCCAAGGAGUUUGAGAAAACUCUGUCGCUACUGAAGACUGCUCUUCGUGAGAGCGAGGUCAUCCACCAGUUCUUCAAGGGACUCCCUGAGCACAUCAAGCGUGUGCAUGUUGUGCACGGGGAGCACCAGUGGAGGGCCUACAAGGAGUGCAAGGAGCAGGUCAUAGAUACGGAUGUGAAUUUCCGUGCGUACAUGACUCACGCUCGUGCUCAGCAGCAGCCUAGUGCCGAAGGCCCUAGGGGGGGUGGUAACAGGACUCAGGCACACAGGGGCGGUGGCUCUUGGAAGAGGCCCUAUCAGCAGAGGGGGGAAUCCUCUGGGACUCAGUCCAAGAGGGCCCAUGCUGGGCCUGCCAAGGAUCCUCAGGAUGAGGAUAAGCCCCCAGCGGGCUGCCGCAUCUGUGGCAAGCUCGGCCACAAGUCCUAUCACUGCCGUUGGAGGAAGUCCGUCAAGAACUCCGGCAAGCCCAACUAG